UGCUUUCCUCUUGCUUCUGGACAUCUGUCCUGUUAGGACUCUAGUUCUGGGCCUGGGCAGGCUCAUAGGUGUGGUUGCUUCUGCUGAGUCCAAGAAGCUAAGGAAGUCUGGUGCUUUCUGAGAGCACAGAUUUUGACUGGGGUCACGGUUGGGCAGCCCUCCCACCCUGGGUCACACCAUAGCUUGGGACCGACUCAGUGUGCACAGAAACAUUUCCAGCCCUCAGCAGUUCUGAAGCAACACCACCACAAUGCACAAAGCAUUAAGCUCGGAAGUCCCAUCCAGGAGGUACGUGCAGGAUCUCAGCCACCGCGUGUGGGUUCUUCAGGGCCAGACCCUGGUAAUGGUCCCAAGGAAGGAACGGAUGGUUCCAAUCACCGUCACCUUGAUGCCAUGCAAACACCUGGAGACCCUAGAGAAGGACAGAGGGAUGCCCAUGUACCUGGGGCUGUUGGAGCCCAGUUGCUGCCUGUGUUGUAAAAAGGACGGGGAGCAGCCGGCGCUGCAGCUCGAGAAGAGAGGCAUCAAAACCCUGCAUGACUCGGGCGAGCCCGUGAAGCCCUUCCUCUUCUACCACAGCGAGAACGGCAGGACGUCGACCUUCGAGUCCGUGGCCUUCCCUGGCUGGUUCAUUGCUGCCUGCUCCAAAGGAGACUGUCCACUCUUCAUGACCCAGGAACUGGGGACAACCUACGUCACGGACUUUGAGUUGAUUGGAGAGCAUCGAGGUCUCUGGAUUCUCUGAUAUGUUACUCUGUGGCGUUGAACCAAGACCUUUUGGAUCCCAGCAGGAAGAAGCCACUGUAGAAGUUUCCACAAAACGGAGAGAGCAAAAAGAAAGUUGAAUCCCUCCUGGGCUCGGCUUCCCUCUCAGUGAAGCCUAUAUUCAGGUUUGGAUGAAGAACCGUUGAUGUUUACAA